UUUUGAUAAAUUAUAUACCGCUGACAAGGUUAACAAGAUCCUCAUAAACAAUAAAAAUGCCUCGAGUAAGGAGACAAGUGGUUUUGGAAGAUCCUGCCAGGCCUGUCACACCAGACAUGGUGGAGACUAAAUUACUAAAAACAGAAUUUUUGGAUGAUGGCUCUUUGGAUGAAGUACAAGCACAAAAAGUAGCUGAAGAAACGCCAAGUCCACAUCUUCAGGACCACCAAUAUGGACAAACACCUUGUUAUCAAGUGACAAGGAAACCUACACAACCACCACCAAGAACUGAACAAAUAUCGGUUCAGGCGGUGAAACGAAGACUGAAUUUGGAAAUGGGAACUACAGGUCCCAGCCAAUCUGCCUUUAAGGCUCCUAGAGGUAAACGUAGGAGAUCUGGAUCAAGUUCUCUAACUGGCCACACACCUACAAAAAGUAAAACAGUAGAGAGAACACGGUACGAUACAUCACUGAGCUUACUUACAAAAAAGUUCAUACACUUAGUUGAAAGCAGUCAAGACGGUGUUGUAGAUUUAAACGUAGCGUCAGAAAAAUUAGAAGUACAGAAACGUCGUAUAUAUGACAUUACAAAUGUGUUGGAAGGCAUAGGUAUUUUGGAGAAGAAAAGUAAAAACAAUAUACAAUGGAAAGGCGGUCAGUUACCAAACGAUAGGAACGAUAUUGCUGAUCUCAGAAGGGAAGUGGCAGAUUUAGAAGCUAAGGAAAAUACUUUGGAUCGAUUGAUUCACGGUGCAGACAAAAAUCUUAGGGAGCUCUGUGCAGACAGACAAUACGCUUAUGUAACGUAUCACGAUUUACGUUCUGUCCCAAUGUACAAAGACCAGGCUAUAAUGGCAGUGAAAGCUCCGCCAGAAGCCACUCUUCAUGUUCCACAACCUAUCAAUAAUCUUGGUCAACAAAAGCUUCAAAUGCACAUGAGGUCAUCUCAUGGAGAAAUCGAGGUAUUCCUCUGUCCGGAUGAUCCUGCAGUUAAAACGUCUCCCAAUCCGGGUUACACGACGACGCAACCUGUGCCUUCGUCAAAAGAAUCCGAAAUACCCUGUCUGCCUCCUGAACUGCUGGCCAAUGGAGGAAGCGGGGUUCGGGUUGAACCAGUACCUUCUGUUGAGAGUUCGUUGAAUACUCGUUUGAGUACUCCGGUUAUAUCUGCAGCUACCAGUUUAGCAGGCAUGAGGGACGCGCUUUUGUGUGAAUCUGAUGAUUACGGACCAAUGGGUGGUGGAAAAUUCCAACUCCAAACGGAGGAUCAAAUUAGCACUCCAGAUCUAAGUAUUCUCGAUUUCGGAGAGCACCUGCUGUCUCUGGAACCGCCUCUUUCAGAAAACGACUAUUCGUUCUCGUUAGGCACGGAAGAAGGGCUUUCGGACCUCUUUGAUUUCAAAUUCUAA